AGUGACCGACUCCUCAUCAAGGGUGGACGAAUCAUCAAUGAUGACCAGUCCUUCUACGCCGACGUCUACCUGGAAGACGGACUCAUAAAACAAAUAGGAGAGAACCUCAUCGUUCCCGGCGGAGUGAAGACCGUUGAGGCCAAUGGGCGGAUGGUUAUUCCCGGAGGUAUUGAUGUCAACACGUACCUGCAGAAGCCGUCCCAGGGGAUGACGGCCGCUGAUGACUUCUUCCAAGGGACCAAGGCAGCGCUGGUGGGCGGGACCACGAUGAUCAUUGACCAUGUUGUCCCUGAACCUGGGUCCAGCCUGCUGACCUCCUUCGAGAAAUGGCAUGAAGCAGCUGACACCAAAUCCUGCUGUGACUACUCCCUCCACGUGGACAUCACCAGCUGGUACGAUGGCGUCCGGGAGGAGCUCGAGGUGCUGGUGCAGGACAAAGGUGUCAAUUCCUUCCAAGUCUACAUGGCCUAUAAGGAUCUCUACCAAAUGUCAGAUAGCCAGCUCUAUGAAGCUUUCACCUUCCUUAAGGGCCUGGGAGCUGUGAUCUUGGUCCACGCAGAGAAUGGAGAUUUGAUAGCUCAGGAACAAAAGCGGAUCUUGGAGAUGGGCAUCACCGGUCCUGAGGGCCACGCUCUGAGCAGACCUGAAGAGCUGGAGGCCGAGGCCGUGUUCCGGGCCAUCACCAUCGCAGGCCGGAUCAACUGCCCCGUGUACAUCACCAAGGUGAUGAGCAAGAGCGCGGCGGACAUCAUCACGCUGGCCAGGAAGAAAGGCCCCCUCGUCUUUGGCGAGCCCAUCGCUGCCAGCCUGGGGUCGGAUGGCACCCAUUACUGGAGCAAGAACUGGGCCAAGGCGGCAGCCUUCGUGACCUCCCCUCCCCUGAGCCCGGACCCCACCACGCCCGACUACUUGACCUCCCUGCUGGCCUGUGGAGACCUGCAGGUCACAGGCAGUGGCCACUGUCCCUACAGCACUGCCCAGAAGGCGGUGGGCAAGGACAACUUCACUCUGAUCCCCGAGGGCGUCAACGGGAUAGAGGAGCGGAUGACCGUGGUCUGGGACAAAGCGGUGGCUACUGGCAAAAUGGAUGAGAACCAGUUUGUCGCUGUGACCAGCACCAACGCAGCCAAGAUCUUCAACCUGUACCCCAGGAAAGGGCGGAUUGCCGUGGGCUCGGACGCCGACGUGGUCAUCUGGGACCCUGACAAGGUGAAGACCAUCACGGCCAAGAGUCACAAGUCGGCCGUGGAGUACAACAUCUUCGAAGGCAUGGAGUGCCACGGCUCCCCGCUGGCGGUCAUCAGCCAGGGCAAGAUCGUCUUUGAGGACGGCAACAUCAACGUCAGCAAGGGCAUGGGCCGCUUCAUCCCGCGCAAGCCCUUCCCCGAGUAUCUCUACCAGCGCGUCAGGAUCCGGAACAAGGUUUCUGGGUUGCAAGGUGUCCCCAGGGGCAUGUAUGAUGGUCCUGUGUAUGAGGUGCCAGCCACCCCCAAAUAUGCAACGCCCGCUCCUUCUGCCAAAUCCUCGCCUUCCAAACACCAGCCUCCACCCAUCAGGAACCUCCACCAGUCCAACUUCAGUUUAUCAGGUGCCCAGAUAGACGACAACAACCCCCGGCGCACGGGCCACCGCAUCGUGGCGCCCCCUGGUGGCCGCUCCAACAUCACCAGCCUCGGGUGAAGGUGCCGGAGGAGGGGCGCGCGUGAAGGAUUCUGGGAAGGCUGUCCAUCCCUUCCCCUGUCAGUGUUUGGAAACCCAGUUUUGUUCGGUCCCGAUGGGGGGAAAAUUGAAUGACGUUCUUUCCCUUUUUUGUUUAGGAAGACGUGGUACUAGUGUGGUGUGUUUGCUUGGAAAUCCCGUGCCCACAGUCGUGUGUCCAUCUGAGUCCACCUCAGAGCGUGGCGUCUUCAGGCCCCUCCUUAGUGAACACAGGUUCUAGCAUCGUCUUGUACUGUCCCCCCCGUUCUGACGCCACGGGCUCCAUGGUUCUCUGAGUGGUUCCCCUGCACCCCCGUAGCUGUUCUAGGAUAGUUGAUGCAUGUUACGAAGUUACGUAUGCGCGUCUGUGAGUGCGUCCGAUGGAACGUGGCCGAGGACCCGUGUAGACACGAAGCCCUGACCUCAGGCCCUCGGGGGCAGCUCCAAAACUCUACAGCAAAGAUGUGUCCUCAUCGCCCCGCCCCGCCUCCCACACCCACCCACCCACCCACCGCACCCCUGCUAAGAUGCUCAGUGGCUUCUGCCAGGCGGGGGAGCCGUCCGCUGCCUGCAGAGAAGAGUCACUCGGCCCGUGUCAGGAACCCUGCUCUCCGUGGCACUUGUAACUCGCCAUGACGUGUUUCUGGUCUGUGUGUGUCCUUCCAGCCAGCUCCGGACUGCAGGCCGGGCUGGGUUCACAUGCAGAAAGGGGUUCCCCCCACCCCCAGGGCUGACCACAGUGGGGCGACGGCCACUCCCGGUGCCGGUGUCCUGGUCCCUCGGAAGCGGUUGACGGGGCAGUCAGAUUUUUAAAGUUUUGUACAUAGUUUUCCUUUGUAAUCACCCCCAUUUUUACUUAACAACUGACUUCUUGUGGCUCUUAUUUCUGAAUUCAAAGCUUGUGAAAAAAAAUAAUAAAGAAAAUACAUGGCCCACU